AUGUAGCCUUCCAUCAGAGCAGAGAAUCCAAAAAGCAUCCAAAAUGGCGCAGCGCGAUGGUUGUCCGCGCGUCAAGCUUUCGUGGCAGGAGGCACUGGGUGAGGAGGCGGCGGCAGCAGCAGUAGCACAAGCCCAAGCCCAGAAGCCCAAGAAGAGCAAGAGCAAGAAAGCGAGCCCCAAGCCGCAGCCUAAAGAUGCGAAACCCAAGCGCAAGAAGCGACACCCGAACGACGUGAGGACGGAGCAGGACAUGGACGCGAUCGCGGGCUUCGACGACAGCUCAGAGAAUGAGUUGGAAGAAGAGAUGGACACAUUUGGAGGCGCAGGCUUCGUCCUCGUCGAUUUAGAGAGCGAGCUCGAGGAGCUGGCGCUCGUUGCCACUGAGGAAGGGUUUGCCAAUGUCCGGGUGGGUAUGGCGCAGAGCAAGCAAAAGAGAAAUAACAAGAAAAAGAAAAAGGAGAAGAAAACUGAACAGAAGGCGACGACAGCGGUAGAACCCGUGCAGGAGACUACGAAUAAGGCCAAGAAGACAGCAAAGAAGGUGAGGCAGGCACAGAAGCUCCUGGAGACAAUAGAGGUGGAGGACGUUGAAGUAGAAAUGGCGAUGAUAGAAACAGAGAAGAUUAAGAAGAGCAAAAAGAAGAAGAAGGGGAAGGAAGGGAAGCAAGAAGAAGUCAAUGCAGCUGCUACUGCUACGACUGCAGCGAAAUCAACACAAGGCAAGGCAAAAAAGGAGAAACAAGCCAAAAAGGAGAAGAAAAAGGAUACAGCCAAGAGCAACACACAGGGAAGCACUGGUAACGUUCCUAAAAAUGAUAAAAAGCCGAAGAAAAGGGCUGCUAAGGAGAAGGAGACAAUGGAAUUAGAGGAGAAGCAAGCUGCUCCCUCUCAAAGUCGCGCCGAUGGAAAACCCAAGUCGACAAACAGAGGUAAUCGUGGUAAUGGCCAGGUGACUUACUCGGAGUACUUGGAUCGUGACGUAGUGAUCCGAGGACUGGAGACAGGGGGGCUUCUACAAGGCAAACUUCGUGUCAACGCGAUGUACCGCAUGGAUGGCUACAUUACAGUGGAUGGAUUGUCAAUGGAUAUUCUAGUAAAGGGCAUACAGGAUCGCAAUCGUGCACUUGACGGCGACCUUGUAGCCGUUCGACUGCAUCCGGAAUCGGAAUGGAAGGCUCUAGACGAUGAAGGCGAUAGAAGAGCUGUUGUAUCCAAGCCAAUGUCUUCGAGUGCUGGGGUGGAUCAGAACGCCUUACACUCGCUUUGGCUUCCUAGUGUGGAGACUGAGAAGUGCUUCUUUAAACUCUCAACGGAUGAAGAAAACUCUGCGGAUAUGCUCAAGCAGAGUAUGAGUCGUCUGAACGAGCGCAUGAUAGAGUCUCGUCGCCGUCCGACCGCGUCUGUGGUUUUUAUCCUGGCUCAGGGUAAUUCAAACGGAUUUAUCGGAUCCCUAGAGCCGGCAACGAAGGUAAAAGACUUGACUUCGCCGCUUUCAAGCAAUGACAACUACGCGUAUUUCAACGCUGAUGACCAGCGUCUACCUAGACGUAUUCGAAUUCCACGACUGCAGCUUCCGGACGAGUUCGUCAGCCGUCCUCUGCUGUAUUCAAAGACCAUGCUGUGCUUUUGUCGAAUCAAAGCGUGGUCUACUAGACACCAAAGCCCGAUGGGCGAAUUCGUGAAGACAGUGGGGGAAUACACCGGUAUUGAAACUGGAAUCUCUGCCAUUUUGUCCAAACACGGUCUACAAUCGCAUACAUUGGACUUCGACAGCUCGAUUCUAAACGAGCUAGACGAAAAGUACGGUACAAGCGGCGAAAAGUGGGAAAUCCCCCCAGAAGAGCUCCAGAAGCGACGGGAUUUCCGUGACACUCAAAUCUUCAGCAUUGACCCGUAUAACGCCCGAGAUUUGGAUGACGCGUUGCACAUUCGUGCGCUUGACGAUGCUCGAACGAAAUUCGAGAUUGGUGUACAUAUUGCAGAUGUGACCCACUUUAUUGAGCACAACUCGCUGUUGGAUCAAGAAGCUCGAUCAAGAGCGACCAGCGUGUAUCUCGCCAACCGCGUGCUGCCGAUGCUGCCUCGCAUCCUCUGUGAGAAGCUGUGCUCCCUGCAGCCACAAGUGGAUCGCCUGGCGUUCUCGGUCGUGUGGCAGAUGAACGUAGAUGGUACUCUUGUGGACGGUGCCGAGCCGUGGUUCGGUAAGUCAAUCAUCCGCUCAUGCUGCAAACUUGACUAUGGCUCAGCACAGAAGAUGCUUGAUGGAAUCAUCACUAGCGACGGUGUGGACGAGUGGGAAGAGGACCGUCGACCGAUUCCCGGUGCCAACCCGAGUAUCACCAAUGCGACGGUGAUUCAGAGUGUCAAGGACUUGUGGAGUAUUGGUGAGAACCGUCGAGCGAUGCGUUUCGAGACGGGUGCAGUGAGUUUGAAUGAUGUAAAACUAGUGUUCUCACUGGACGCCAAGGGAAAUCCGACUCGGUACGGAUCCUACGAACUGAAGGACAGCAAUCGUCUCGUGGAGGAGUACAUGCUCUUAGCGAACUACCUGGUUGCUCAGCAACUGCUUCGUGCUCACGGCCCCCUUGCAUUCUUACGUCACCAUCCCCCUCCAGUAUCACGGUCAAUGGAUCAGGCAUUAGAACUGCUAGGGAAGAGCGAUAUCAACGUGGACGGGAGAUCUACCAAACAGUUGACAGAGUCGCUGGAGCGCGUUCGACAAGAUUGUGGUGAGACAACGUUUGUCAUCGCGCAAGCGUUGAUCAUCAAGCCCAUGAAGCCGGCUGAGUACAUGGUGGCCGGUAAUGGUGCGUCUCCCGAUUCGUGGCGCCAUUAUGCUCUGAAUAUCCCAUACUACACACACUUCACGUCGCCUAUCCGUCGAUAUGCUGAUGUUGUUGUGCACCGCCUGCUUCAAGAGAGUGUGGUGGGAUCGUCGUCUCUAGAUGCUGAGAAUCCAGAGUCCAGGAUGGUGGAGUUCACCUCGGUUGCGCAGAACUGCAAUGAGAAGAAAAUGACGUCCAAGAAUGCCGAAAAGGAAUGCGACAAGGUGUUCUUGUGUGCCUACGUACAGCACCAUGGUGACGUUGAAGUGACUGGCGUCGUGCUGAGCAUGGGUCAGAAGAGCUUUACGGUGUAUAUCCUUGAGCUUGGAUUAGAGCAGCGACUAUUCCUUCAGGAAAUCAACUUAAAGGGGUCGUGGAACGAGAAAACCUCUCAACUGUCGAUCAGACUGCCAGUGCAGAAGAAAAGGGACGAAGAUGAGGACACGAAAUCUGGCGAUCACGAAGCUCCAGCUCAAGCAAGGAAGUAUGGGUCGGAGAUGCUCAAGUUGUCAUUCAUGAAACAGCUACAGAUGCGCAUGUCGACAACGAAAAAAAUGCCAUUGGCGUUGACAUUCACCGUCAUUGGAGAGAAGAGUUGAAGCUCUUGACGAAUGAAGGGAUUGACUCAGCAAUGAUUUCAUUAGACUACAGAAAACAAAAAUAAAAAAUGCAUGUUGUAGAGUAAUGCUGCUGCCAGAAUGAACGACCAUUGUGAAAAGGGCACAAUUUGUAUUUUUUUUCACUUCAACUUGCCC